UCGUCCACUCGCUCAAAAAUUUCAAAUCCAAAGCCCAAACGACCCUAACAAUGGCUUUGUUGGUGGAGAAGACCACCGUGGGUACAAGGUCAAGGACAUUUCUCAGGCUGAGUUUGGUCACCUUAAGAUUGAAUCUGUCGAGUAGAAAUGCCUGGUCUUAUGGCUUACGGAGCUGAAUUCAACCAUGCUUAGCCUUUGAAGGGAGCUAAGAUCACUGAUUCCUCCACAUGACCGUUCAGACCGCCGUCAUCAUCGAGAUCCUCACUGCUUUGGGCGCUGAGUUUUGCUGGUGCUCUUGUAACAUCUUUAGCACUUAAGACCAUGCUGUCACUGCCAUCGCCCGUGACUCCGUUCCGUCUUCACUUGGAAGGGUGAGACUCUGUAGGAGUACUGGUAGUGUACAAAGAAAGCUCUUGGUUAGGGUCCCGAUGGUGGCCCAGAUCUGAUUGUGGAUGGUGGUGAUGAUGCUACACUUUUGAUCUAUGAGGGUGUUAAGGCUGAGGAGAUUUAUUAGAAGACUGGGCAGCUUCCUGAUUUGUCUUCCAAAGAUAAUACUGGGUUUCAGAUUGUUUUUACCAUAUCAUUCAAGAUGGGUUGAACACAGAUCCCAAGAGGUACCCUCUGUUAAUAAACUAUUUAGAGUUUUUAAUUUAGGGGUUUAAUAAUAGUGGGAUUAAACAAUCUAAUGAGGUGGCAAUCAUAUUUUAAUAUAACUCCUAAGAUUGAUCAAAAUCCACUUCAAGAACUAAUCUAUUUUUGUGGAACCGUUUAUAUGAAUUUUGAUUCAAAACUUAAAUCAAAUUCAAUUGAAAAAAAAAAAUAGAUUUGAAAUGACGGUUGAAUUCAAAAACUAUUAUAUGUAGUGAACAAAUAAUUCAAAUUAAUCCAUAAUCCAAAAAUGAUUUGAUCCAAAUGUACAAGCAAGAAGAAUUGAGGUGAAAUUCAAAAUAAUAUCAGCCACUCCAUUCGUUUUCCAUCUCUAUCAAUAGUCAUGAAAAGAUCUUUGAAAUGUGUGGACUCAUAAUAUACAUUGCUGAAUGAAAUAAGGGCGCGAUUAACUGUCCGAGUCUGACUGAAUUUUGAAAAACCGUUAAUAAAAUUUGCUAUAUUUGGACUCAAACCUGAAACGAACACCUUCUUUCUCGUUCAAGAAAAAUAUCCUACUCUCUUACAUUUAUAUAUUUCCUAGUCCUGCAAUCCCUUUUCACUUAUUUCUGUUUUGUAAUAACAUAAACGAUACAAUCUCUUUGUACUAAUGUUUUCUCGGGAAUCUCUAAGGAAAUCCUCGCUUGUUUCCAUCACUCGGGUUCUGAUCACCAAUCAGCACCUCUGCACACGCCAAUUCUUCAACCAGUCACAAGGGUUCGCCUCGUCUGCAUCGUCUUCACUGAGGCCAUCCUUUGGUGGGUCUAGCUAUGGCGGCCAACAGAAGAAUGGGGAUGCUUUGUUGAAGUCGUUGUUUAGAUCAUUCUCUUCAGGGGCUCUCCUUGUUGGUUCUAGCUUGGGAUUUAGCUAUUGGUGCUUUUCUCUCGUUGAUGAUCGUUCGUUUGUGUCUUUUGCUGAAGGCGCAACUGAGACUGCAGUAUGGGAUUCUAACGAUGAUCUCCUUCUACCCAAGAAGAAGCAUAGGUUCCUCUUUGGAGAUGCAUACAGGAGAAGAAUUUUCUUCAACUAUGAGAAGCGCAUAAGGACACGAAGUCCCCCAGAAAAGGUUUUUGAGUAUUUUGCAUCUCUUCGAACUCCUGCUGGAGAUGUUCUUAUGACCCCAGCAGACUUGAUGAGAGCAGUGGUUCCAGUGUUUCCUUCAUCUGAAUCAAAUCGUGUUAGAGAGGGCUUUCUGAGAGGGGAACGAGUCCCUGGCGAGUUACUUUGUGAGCCUUCACAAUUUUUCAUGCUUUUUGAUACUAACAAUGAUGGACUCAUAUCUUUUCCAGAGUACAUCUUUUUUGUUACGCUGCUCAGCAUUCCUGAAUCAAGCUUUUCAGUGGCAUUCAAAAUGUUUGAUCUCGACAAUAACGGAGAGAUUGACAGAGAGGAAUUCAAAAAAGUGAUGAAUUUAAUGCGAUCUAAAGACAGGCAAGGAGCACGCUACAGGGAUGGACGGCGACUUGGACUCAGAACUGUAGAGCCUGCGGAGAAUGGUGGCCUGUUAGAAUAUUUCUUCGGCAAAGAUGGAAAGAACUGUCUGAAACAUGGAACAUUUGUCCAAUUUUUGAGGGACUUGCACAAUGAAAUUUUAAGGUUAGAAUUUGCCCAUUAUGACUGCAAAUCACGGGGAACAAUAUCAGCUAAGGAUUUUGCAUUGUCCAUGGUUGCAUCUGCUGACAUUAGCGAUAUAAACAAGUUAUUAGACAGGGUUGAAGAACUAAACAAAGAGCCUGAUCUCCAGUACAAGCGAAUUACAUUCAAGGAGUUCAGAGAUUUUGCAGAGCUACGAAAACAGUUGCAACCAUUUUCUCUGGCUCUUUUCAGCUAUGGAAAGGCAAAUGGAAUGCUAACAAAAAAUGAUUUUCAGAGAGCCGCAUCCCGAGUAUGUGGGAUCUCCAUUACAGAUAAUUUGGUUGACAUAAUAUUCCAUGUGUUUGAUGCGGAUCGUGAUGGAAGUUUAAGCUCAGAUGAGUUUAUAGCUGUUCUGCAAAGACGAGAAAAGGAGACAUCAUUGCCUAGAGAGGCAGGUCUCAAGGGUUUGAUUUCUUGCUGUGCCAAGUGUGCCAAAACUCAAUCUGUGAAGCCUUUUCUAUAGUUUAUUAGCUGAUGCAUUUGGUAACCCUGGAAUGUGGAGCUUCUGAUAUUAUAUUAUAUAAAUAUAUAUUUAUAUAUAUUAUAUUAUAUUAUGCUCAAAGGAUGAGAGCAAGUGAUCAUUUUAGCAUUGAUCAGUUGAAAGAAAAUGUAGAUAAUAUAUAUAGCUUUGGAACUGUUUCAGAUUUUCGUAGUUUCUGCAGAUUGGGUCAAGAUGAUAUUAUUUCAUGACCUUUUUGCAUAUGCUGUAGCUAAGUCCUGCUCUAUCAAUGACUUGGAAAUGUACAGUCUGUUUGUGUUGAUAUAUGUACAUACAUAUAUAUUUUUUGUA